AUGCCCGAACCAUCAGAGGAUCCAGAGCUUCCCAAACCCAAAUCAACUGGUGAGUCGCUCAUCCGCAGCUCCCAGGAUAAACGAUACGAAGAAGGCGAAGCUCAUCUCAAGAAGGCCUUACGCAUACGCAAAGCUCUUGGCAACUACAUUCCUCGAUCAGGCGAGGCUAAUCUCAGCUGGUCUCUGGUUGCGCAGGGCAAGCUUGAAGAGUGUAACACCCUUCUUUGGGAUAGCCUGGCGGGCAGAGGAAAGGCCUUGGGCAAAGAUGACAGGGAACCUGUGCGAACGGGGCUGAUUCUUUACUCACUUGGUAACCUCCGUGCUGCGCAAGAUAAAUGGGACGAAAGCUUCGAAUACCACCAGAGAGCAUUGCGUCACAUGCUUGCUACAGUGGGAGAGAAAGACUUUUACACAGCCCAGUCUCCAACAAGGUUAUCGAGCACUUCAUUCGCUUGCAUCGAAACGAAGAAGCCAUCAACAGGCAAGGCUCAAAAGGCUUCCAUUGCUCUUAGGGUUGCGUGUCGCUUGAGGAAAGAGAUUACCAAGGAGGACCAAGAUUCGAAGACUUUAACAAUGAAUGAUUUUGACGAGAUUGUUGCAUUCUGGGCUCGCUGA